CUCUCUCUCUCUCUCUUUCUCACUCACACACACACAUCCUGAAGUGACUUUCAGGCUCACCCACAUACCACGUAGGCUGGUGGGGAGGGGAAAGAAAAAGGGAGAAGCCAGUCAGAACAACCGGAGGAGGAGGGCAUGUGCAGCGUUUGGGACUCUCCAAGUGGUGGAAGGAAAGGCCGAAGGAGGCGGCAGCCUGAGAAUUUCUGAAGGGCUCACACAGGCCUCUCUGGCCGGGCAGCGGGGAGAAGCGAGAGCGGGGCGGAGAACGCGCGCGUGGGUGGAAACGCCGACCUAACCCCGCGCUUGUCUCGCAAUUAGGGUCGCGGAGCAAUAAAGCCCCCCCCCCCUCUUUUUUUCUAACCCACCCACUCCGCUAGCCCUGCCUUCUCCUUCCCUCCGUGGCGGCUAGUCUCUGCUGGCCCUGCCCACGUUUCCCUCUUUCCCUCCCCCCCCGCGGUCAUGUGUUGCCUUUUUUUUGUUGUUUGCAGUGGAAACAAUUUCGCCUUCUUCUAGCACCUCCGACCCAAACCGCUACUCGCUGAGACGGGGGGGGUUUGGGAGGGAGGGGGGGAAAGAGACGAAAGGAAGGGGAGACGACGGCUGGAGCGUUGAAGCGAAGCAAAGAGGGGCGGCGGGGGGGUGAAACUGCAGCAGGGUCCCAUGCUCGCCUCGGAUUUCCUUUUCGGCUCUGGGCUCCCCUCGCUCUUUCCCUUCGGCCACAUUGUUGGCUUCAGGCUGGGGGAGGAAGCAAUGCCUUGUUCCAUCGGAUGAAAAGUUUGCAUAAUGACCAAGGGAAAGGCGGCGGGGAAAAUCUAGAACUCACCCAGGACAGGAGCCUCCGACUAAAUGGGUCCAGUUAUGCCUCCUAGUAAGAAGCCAGAAGGCUCGGGAAUUACCAUUUCCAGUGGACUGAGCCAGUGUUACACAGAUGGUGACCUAUCAAAAACUCUACAGGAUGAGGAGGACUUAGACUUUUCUUUGCCUACUCUUCGACUGGAAAAAGAUCCUAUAGAAGAUGAAGAACUUACCAAUUUGAAUUGGUUACAUGAGAGUAAGAACUUGCUGAAAAGUUUUGGGGACUCAGUCUUAAGAAGUGUUAGCCCAGUUCAAGACCUAGAUGAUGAUACCCCUCCAUCUCCUGCUCAUGCUGACAUGCCCUAUGAUGCCAAGCAGAACCCUAACUGUAAACCACCAUAUUCAUUUAGCUGCCUCAUAUUUAUGGCCAUUGAGGACUCUCCAAACAAGCGGCUUCCUGUGAAGGAUAUAUACAACUGGAUUUUGGAACACUUCCCUUAUUUUGCAAAUGCUCCUACUGGAUGGAAAAAUUCUGUGAGGCAUAAUCUGUCAUUAAAUAAAUGUUUUAAGAAAGUGGACAAAGACAGAAGUCAGAGUAUUGGGAAAGGGUCUUUAUGGUGUAUAGACCCAGAAUAUAGACAAAAUCUUAUCCAGGCUUUGAAAAAGACACCCUAUCACCCAUAUUCCCAUGUGUUCAGCACACCUCCAGCAUCUCCUCAGGCAUAUCAAAGCACAUCCAGUCCACCCAUUUGGCCAGGAAGCACCUUUAUCAAGAGAAAUGGAGCUCUUCUGCAAGAUCCUGACAUUGAUGCUGCCACUGCCAUGAUGCUUUUGAAUACUCCCCCUGAGAUACAAGCAGGUUUUCCACCUGGAGUGAUACAAAAUGGAGCUCGUAUUCUGAGUAGAGGAAUUUUCCCAGGAGUUAGACCACUGCCAAUUAACCCUAUUGGAAACAUGGCUGCAGCAGUAAGGAAUGGAAUAGCAAAUUGCCGAAUGAGGACAGAGAGCGAGCAGUCGUGUGGUUCUCCAUUGGUGAGUGGUGACCCAAAGGAGGAUCAUAACUAUAGCAGUGCCAAAUCUUCCAACCAUAGGAGCACAUCACCCACUAGUGAUUCUGUUUCCUCUUCUUCUGCUGAUGAUCAUUAUGAAUUUGUUGCAAAAGGCAACCGGGACAGUAGUGAGGGCAGCGAGGUCAACUUCCAUAGCCACGAGAGCCAUAGUGAGGCAGAAGAUGAGAGCAAACGGCAAAACCGAAAAGAGACCAAGGAUUCUGUAGCUGAUAGCGGGGUCCCCUCUCAGCACAAGAAACGUCAGCAUUUAUUGAAGGCAAAAAAAGUACCGAGUGACACACUGCCUCUUAAAAAGAGACGCACAGAGAAACCACCCGAGAGUGAUGAUGAGGAGAUGAAAGAAGCUGCUGGAUCACUCCUGCAUUUGGCAGGAAUUCGAUCUUGUUUGAACAACAUCACUAAUCGGACGGCAAAGGGACAGAAAGAACAAAAGGACACGACGAAAAAUGAGAACAAAUCCAUUGACUGAACUUAUAAAACAAUUUUGUUUCAGCACGUCAGGUGAAUUCUAAUGAUUUGUGGCAAUAUCAGAAAAUAUUUUCUUCAGUUGUUUUUUUCUUCUCCCAUUUUUUUCCUUUUUUUCUUUUCCCCCCUUUUUUGAACCCAAAAUAUUUGUGUUGUAUUUUUUUAAAGGAGAUUGAAGCCAUAGAACUCAUACUGAUACUCAUCUAAUUUUACAAAAGCUUUUCAUUACAUGAAGACAAAAAUAAGUAAAAGCCAAAAUUGCCAUUGCUUUCUCCACUUCUGUCAGAAAUGCAUGGUUGAAUACGCUGUGAUACCACCAGUUAAUGUGAGAAGAAUAAAAAUUGGCACUUGAAAAUACAUUAUAUAAUGAGAAAUUGAAUAAUAUGGUAGAUCCAGGCCAGGCUCUUAGAAAAAUAAUUUAAAAGCCUUAUAAUUAAAUGAGAGAGAAUGUAUGUAUGAAUGUAUGUAUGUAUGCGUGCAUGUAUGUAUAUUCCAUAAAUUUGAGGGAAGUCAGAGGCCCAUCUUCAGAAUCAAGAAUAAGAUAGUGGCAUUUGCUUGCAUUUGUGCCAUAGAAAUCUUGGAAUAUCCACUAAAACAGCUGCUCAUACAGUAAUGAAUUACUUAAGCUUCAUGUACUGUAUAUGGCUCAUAAUGUGAAGACUUAAUACUUAACUUUUUAAAUUAUGGAAACUGAACUGUGUAUGCAAUGAGUUUCAAUAAUAUAAGGAGAAAAGGGUGGAGGGGGUUGGGGGGAUUAGUGAUAUUCUUUAAUCAAUUAAUUGUCUUCUAUAUUUAAAUUAAAAGAAUGUUUUUUAAAAAGCCAUAAGCCUGAAGAUUGGCACUGCCUGCAAAAAUAUUAUGGGAAAACAAGCUAUGAGUUCUUAACUGCCUGAGUGAAAAGCAAUCAAAUCUAAAAUAAAAAUAUGAGUAGAUAUUUAAAGAGGAUCAAAAUGAGGAAACCUUUUUGAUAGGAUAAAAAAAAUUGAUCUCAUGAGAAGAGCAAAAUACAUAUGCUACAAAACCUGUCAUUAGUAUUAUAUUACAUUUAAAAAAAAAAACAAAUAUAUUUGGUUGGACAAGAAAUCCUAAUCUUAACUAAAACUCUGUACAGUGCUCCUCAAAAUGCUGUACCUGUUAAAUAGCCAGGAUACAUUUGUGCAAAAAUAACAAUAUAUUUCCAGUUAUAUCCACUGUAGCCAGAUUCACUGAUCCUGAUUCAAAUUGCAUGGAUACAUUUCCGGGAGGGGCUCAGGAGUACAAAAUAAAAACCCCCCUUUUUAAUUCAAAGAUAACAAAAGUUCUUGUAAGGUAAAUAAUGUAUUUAGCAUGAAGCAUGAAUUAUUUUCAUAUAAAUAGAGAAAAAUAGAGAAAAGGCUAUGCCUCUAAUUUUUAAGCCAAUAGGCUUAGUUUUGGUUUUUGGUUUUUUGGUUUGUUUUUUAUUUUGUUUGGGAAGCAGGUGUUUUAAGGUUUAACCUUUUUCAGGGACAAAUACUGACUGUUGGGGAACUUAUUCUGCAAUAUUAAAAAAUAAAACUUCAUGCUCGGGUAGGGCUUGGAUGGUUGAAUUAUAUUGCCUUGUCUGCACAUUCAGCCCCCUUCCCCUACUUCUCUGUUUUUUGAAGAUGUUUGUCCUUUCUUUGUCUUUACAUGUAUUAACAUUACGCAAUAAUUUUGAGGGCAAAGCAAGUAGUGAGUGUGUAUGAUUAAGACUCCAGGAAAAGACUCUGAAUUUGCUGUAUAGUUGGGAGAGAGGAAACGAUAGACAAUUCGGAUUUGGAGAGAUUGUAAUCAAUGAGAUACACAGAUAUGCCAAGAAGGAUAAGUUUUGAAAGGGCUUUCAUUUGUGUUCACAACUUGACAUGAGUACAUGAUAGAGAAGAAACUUCCUUAUGGCCAUACCUGUUUCGCAGUGGUAGUCCUGUAAAUUGACUGUAGAGUUUAUAAUAAGGCCAAUAUCCCAUAUCACCACCACCCCAAAAAAUACUUGUAUAGACAGCCAUAAUUUUGAGAUUAUUUUUAAGACUUGUAGAUUGGGUUCCACAUGACUUUUACAUGAUCUUGUCAAGAAUCCAGAUUCUGCAGCUUAUAAAAUUCCUCUUAAAAAUGUGGGAGCUAUAGCCAGACAAAAAUUCUAGGAAGCUCUCCCAAGAAAUUAUCAGGAAGGCAGCUCUUUUGAUCUUAGCUGUUUUACUUUAAAUAAAUAUAGCUUUAUAGUGAUGGGAGUAGUGAUGUUACUGAAGAUGUUUUAAGGUUAAGAUGAGUUGAGAAUAGUCAGUAGCAAGAAACUGAAAAAGAAUUCAAAAUAUGUUUAGCUGUCAUUGAAUUUAUAUUCUAGGAAAAUGGUAUCCACUGAAAACUGAUACAAACAGAUUUUUAAAAUAAUGUGUGCCAAAUUAGGUUUGAGAUAACAAAGGUUUGAGAGCAAGUUCAACCUGUGCAUUGCCUACCAAGACACUUUUUUGUGUAUUCAAAAAUUAGAAUCCCUAUGAAAACUGCCUCUACCUUCUGAAAGAAUUGAUAUUUGCCUAAAAAACACCAAGAAUUUUAAGAGUUAAUGAAAAGAAACGACAUUAGUGAAUUAGGAGUUUUCUCUUCAUAGAAGAGUGCCAUAUACAUCUUGCCAUGGGAUCCUGAUGAAAUGUAAAAUAUGUCGUUGCUAUUUAUUGCAAUAGAAUAAUUAUUUCACAGUGAAGCUGUUUAAGUUGUAGACAGGAAGGAUUCUGAACUCAAAUUUUUAUUACUUAGGCCAAUGUUAUGACAUUUAGAAAAUACCAUAAUGUAAAAAGAGAACUGACAUUAUACAUUAUAAUAUUGAAGUUAUAUUAUUCCACACAAUUCCAUCCAAAGUAAAGCAAUUUGUCUCAGUAAAAUUUGUCUACUAAAGUCCACAAAAAUGUACAACAUGCUUCCAACAGGACUGUAUCCCACUGACUGAACAUCGAUAAUUUGAACGUCUUAAAUAAAAAGUAAUGUGUUGUAAAUAAUUUUAGCUAUUGCUAUACAAAAAGCGAUCACAGUUGAUAUUUUUACAAAAUAAGGCAAAAUUCAUUUGAGGGUAAGCAGUAUGCAAGUUGCAAAUUAAAUACCUGGAUUUUAUUAGAAAUUAUGGACGAUUUGCUAAGAGUUUACCUUCUCUGUUGUACAGCCAUAAUCAAUAGUUUAAACAAACUCCACAACACUAUUCUGUUGUGCCAAGUUAUCUUUAGUGCCAAACUGAAAAUGAAAUAGGUGGACCCAAGUUAAAAACAUCAGAUACUACUUCUAUUCAUGGUGAAAUCCAUCCUCUAUAUGUUGAGCCCAUCCUCUAUAUGUUGAGCCCAGUUAUUCCUACACUUCAGGCAUUUUGAAAUAACAAGAGAGGGGAAUGUUCAUAACUGGGAAAUUUAAGCAAUAAUAAAACAUCUGUUUGGUCUUUGUCUGCUCCCAAAUAGAGUACUAAAAAUAAUCCAGUAAAUUUAUUCCCAUUGUCAUUCAGGCAUAAUUCUUCAAGCUUUUAGGAGUUGUAGAUCUCACUGUUACAUUCUUCUUGUAUGAAGGUCUUUAAAAUAACACAAUCUGAGACAGUAUGCAGGAAGUCAUGUGCUGUAUGCAUUGUGGCAAAAUGGCAAGGAGAAUGUGUAUAUGUACUUACAGUAACAUAUACAUCUACCUUGUUACAUCGUUCUUAAUUUGUUUGGGUAAUUGAGGCAGCUCUUAUGUUCUGCAAAUAAUUUUUGUAGGAACUCUGGAUUGUCAAAAUAAUGUGUAAGAGUUUUUUCCUAUAAAAUAGUGAAUUGUUUACUCCAUAUUUCUCCUUCCAUAAAUGAAAGGGCUUUUUCUGUUCCUCUAACAUGCUAUUGGGAACAUGCCCUAAACAGUUAUCAGAGGUGGAUCCCAUUGGUAGGAAUAAAAUUUGGAUUCAAGCCAGUAUCAGCUUGGAUUGUGAUUUAAUUCUCAGUAAUAUUUUUUCAUAGCAGACCGUUGCAGAAUUUCUUGUCAGCAAUCUAGGUUUGCCAUUAAAUCCUUUUAAUGACAAACUUUUACAAGAAGUGCUUUAAUUCUGAACACUCCAAAGUAUGCAGUUCUUUGGUGACUAAAAAUGCCUUCUGAGUACCUAUGUUGUAACUUUUAACACAAAAGAGGUUGAACAUAGUUCUGCUGGAAUGGAGGUCUGUAUCCACAAUGAAACUUAAUUGAGACGUGAUGUGAGGAUAUCCAUGUCUCUCCCUGAAAAAAAGUAGACUUGCAUCCAAAUGAUUUAGAAAUAAAGUGGGAUUAGUAAUCUACUAGAACAAAUCUUCUGAAUUUUAGAUCAGCUGUUCAGAAUGUGCCAGCUGCAAAUCUUUCUUGGGAAUUGCUCUAGGGAUUGUUCUCCUAGCUGUAUUUCUGUAUAGCAUUGAAUAGAUGGCAACUUGAAAACUUUCAUUAGUGUCUUACGUCACAGAAGAGAAUCUGUUUAACUGUAUAAACUUGUCAGCAGUUGUUGCCAAUCAGUUCAGAUAAUCUGUUUUGGAGAACAGAAGUGAUUUAAAAGCCAUUUUUCUAUGACAAAUGGAAGUACUUCUUCACAGUGUGCUGUUUCUUUAUACAAGCAGGUUCUUGCUAGUCUCUAUCACCUUCAAAAAGGCAAAACAGACUAUGUAGAGUUGAAGUUGGUUCCAGUAAGAAAAUUAUGGUGGUGGAAUUCAGUGUCCUGGCUACUAAAUUAUUUUCAGGCUUGUUAAAUGUUCCAUUCAUUGACCAGAGUCAUUCAUUCUUUUGGUUGUGUUGUAGUUAAGUUUGUGAGUGAAUUUCAUGACACUGCCUGCAAUAUAUAAAACACUGUUAUGCACAUAAAUGCAGCACUGUGAUCUAAUUUAAAUAACUUUAUUAUUAUUUAAUAUGUAAUAUAUGUUAAUACUUCAGUAUGGAAAGAACCAUGCACAACCUCUGACUGUCUGUUUUUCUAUCAGGAAUUUAAAAACACAGUUAACCACAUGUAUUUUACUUUUCCUAUGAAUCUAUAGUCUUGGUGUAGGAAUUUUUUUUAAGUUGAAUUUUAUAAGUAUUUACUAAAUAUUCUAUGCUAUCACAUAUAUGAACAUUCUCAUACUCUUUUUUGUGUUUCUUUAUACAAACUUCCCUUCUGAUUGUAGUUCUAACUGGAAAAUUGGGUGGAGAGACUUUGGUAAGCCAGGGAUAAUUUUUUCCAAACUCUUCCUUGAAUCAAAAUGCAAAAUUGUAGAUGUGAAAUUUUUAUAAAGUCAACUGUGUCUGUGCAAUUCUUCCUCAACUCAGCAUGCCAGCACUACUUCACUAACCAAAAAACUAUCUUUGAAUUCAUUAUCUGGUGCUGUAUUUUGCUAAUCAAUAUUCAAAAUUUAAAAAAUAAAUGUUUUAAAACCAUUUUUUUCAUAGAGCUUCAUAUGCUAUUUUUUCAAGACUAGCAUUUGAAACUAUACUUACCUAAAACAAAAUUUAUUUUUGAACCUAUUUGUCAAUGAUAAUGAGGAAAUGCCUCUCGUUUUUUUCAAUUCUGAAUGAGAACCACCUGAUACCCAGCAUCAACAAAGUAUACACCAAAUACCCAGGUUUAAGCUUUAAAAAAAACAGAAGUAAAGUCAUAUCUAUCAAACAAUCUUUUGAUUAUGGAAGAGCAGCUAAAUCCAACCUCUCACCCAAGACAAUUGAUAGAGAUUAAAUUAGAAAGUAAGAAUUGUGGGUUUGCACACAUAUUUUCCCAAUAGAUUUGUGUGCAGAAGCUGAAAGGGGAGAUUUGGGUUGCUCUGUCCUAAUGUCUAUUUCUGAGGAAAAGAUCUGAUCUUUUCUACAGGUUUGGAUUUCUGACUUGGCUUGACACUGAUUAAGUUUUCCCUUCAGUACUACUAUUAAGAUGAAAAUGUUGGUGCUUGGAGUUCUGUUUUAAUACUUUCAUUAAUGAAUUUCAAAAUCAAUUGAUUUAGCCUGGUUUCACUUUUGUAUUAUACACACUCACUACUUCAGUCUGCCUUGGGGUCAAAUGUUGGAAGAGAUGGGGUAGGGAAUGAUUUCUGUGCGUAUGAAAAAGCAUUAUGGAUUUGUACAUUUUUAUACUCUUCUGUAAUAUUUUUGAAAUAUUUUUGUUCUGCAGAAAAAAAGUGAUGAAGCAAUCAAAAGACCAAUAUAUACAAUAUCAAUGCUUUAGGGAAGGGUCAUGAGACCUUCAUUGGCCAAUAGGUUAAUUUAGUACAGCAAUAAGCCAAUUAUGUUCUUUUUGUUUUUGUUUUCUGAUUUUAUUCCUCUUUUCCCCAAAAACGCUGUACUAGUUGAAUGGAACUGCCAGUUUCUUUAAUAUAAGUGAGAACUGUGAUGGGGGACAUAAACAGUAAUGUUAAGUUGUAUUUGUGUUUACCUAAAUGAGCAGUCAAAAGGCAAGUGCAAUCAGCCAGAAAUAUGGAAAAAUGUUGAUCUAAGAGGCAUACUUGCAUUUUAUGUUUCUUGAUGUGUAAUCAUAUUGCCAAAGACAAACUCUUUCAUCAGUUAUUAUUGUAAAUAACACUCUCCCAAAACCUUCCAUAAAGUUUCUGUGAUGUAUUGUCUUCCAGUUGCAAUAAAAAUUACCGAGUUGCAUCAGUUGAAUAACUGCA